AACCGAAAAAAAAAGGAAACAGAGAAGGUGAAAACCUGCAAAAAGGCAAAGAGAGGAAAGCAAAGGAAAGAAAGGCCGAAGAGAAGAGAAGAGAAGAGAAGAGAAAGGAAGAGAAGAGAAUUAUAGAAAAUCGUUUCUUCGCUUCUUCAGCCUUCUCUUUCUUUUUUGCUUCUUUUCUCCAAUUCCUUUCUCUAUCUCUUUCUCCUUUGCUUCUUAUUAGCAAAGAAGAGAAAGGUAGAGUAAAAAGAAAAAAAAAAGAAAAAGAAAAAGAAAACCCACAUUUUUUGUUUUGCAAAUCUCUUAUCUCACCCAAGCUUUUUCGAGGGUAGAGAAGAUGAUGGUUGUAAAUAGUUUUGAUUUAUGGCAAAAAGACGCCUUCUUUUCUGCAGCAGAAGAGGUUCAAGAAUCCGCUGAUGUAAUGGAAUCAGUAUACAGGAUGUGGAUCAAAGAGAUGAGAGAAGGGCAAAAGUCUUCAGAUACGGCUGAACUUUGUCGAGGAUUGCAAACUGCUUUAGGUACUGCUAAAUGGCAGUUGGAAGAGUUUGAGAGAGCUAUAAGAUUGAGCCGUGGACAUGGUUGUGACGAUAAUAGAGCAUCUAGGCACAAACAAUUUGUUGCUGCCAUUGAGAGUCAGAUAUGCCGUGUAGAAGCUGCAUUAAAAGACGCUAUUAUUGAGGAGGGAAAGCAGCCCCUUCGGUGGGUAGAUUUGGAUAAACAAGAAUGUGAUGAUUUAGCCAUGUUCCUUUCUGGAACUUCUCCGAGCUUGCAACAAUCUAUGGAAAACACUCUUUUGGUGAAUUCUCAUAGGAGAAAGGACACAAAUCCUAAUAUCAAUGCUACUUGCUACAGGAAUAUGCCUGAAGUGAAAAGUUUAAAUGAUUUUGGUAAAGAUGUUGAGUGUCUCAUUGAUGUAGAAGAUGAGCAAAGUUCUGGAAAGACAGAUGAUGUUAGUUCGGGACAAGAUAGAACAACCGGUACAAGAAGAACAUGGAGCACGCCAAAUUUUGGUUCAUUGAAAAUUGUAAUUGCUGAUGAGUACGCAGAUAGAAACCAAAUGAGGUCUGGCAUGGAGGCUACACCUAAGGAAAAAGGAUCCAAGCCUUUCUUCAGUAAGCAAAGGUGUGGAGAACUAACACAGGCAAAGUGUGUGUUUAAUUUAUUCAAUCAGUGUUUUGGCCGGGUUGGUGGGUUACAGAGACAAUUACGAAGUCCAGUGCACUUGCAGUUUCGUUAUUCAUUGCAACUCAAACUCGUUUUAAUGGUAGCCAUCUUUCUAAUCGUACCCUUUGUACUGUAUUCAAGUUGAGAGCAAUUGGCUGCUAUGCCCUGUAGAUCAUACAACAGGUGUUGGAUGAUCUAUGUCCUCAGGGCUCGGGAAUCCAUUGUUGACAACAGUUGUGAUGGUGGCUCCCUUCCCGUUGUUUUCAAGAUGUUGUGGAGCUGGCUUAUACAGGAGUUGGAUGUCAUUCUAUAUUUGCUUGCUAUAUACUCUGUAAAUGCAUUGGUAGUCAGGUGUGUGUGUACAUAUAUAUAUGCAUUCUUGCAAGAGUAUUUUGUAACAUGGACACUCACAUUGCAAUGUGAGCUUAAGCUUCAUAGUUCUUGAUAAAUAUUCCAUUGAGAAGGGUUGUUGCAUUAUCAAGGACUUAUCUACCUUUAUAACCCUUGUAUUUUUCUUGAAAUUAAUAUCUAAAUUGAUAUGCAUUGCUUUAAAUUUGGUA